AUGGUAGGAAGUGGAGCUCCACAGAGAGCAGCUGCAGCUGCAAGCAUGCGUAGGAGGAAGCCGAGCGGCAGCUCAAGUGGAGGAGGAGCUUCUGGUGGUGCAGCAGGAUCCAUGCUUCAACAUGGUUUUGUUAUUUUGGAUUGGCAAGGCGUUGAUAAGACAUCAUCGCAACCGCAUUCAAGCUACACAGCUUCUGUCCAAGCUGCAAUUCAGGCUGGCAUUCACAUGGUCAUGGUUCCUUUUAACUUCAAUGAAUUCAUCAAUGAUCUUAUGUCCUUAGUGAAGAACAAAGUAAUACCUAUCACACAGAUUGAUGAUGCUGUCAGCAGAAUCCUACUUGUCAUGUUCACCAUGGGACUCUUUGAGAACCCUUUGGCUGAUUACAGCUUCUCCAAUGAACUAGGAAGCCAGCUGUUGAUCAAAGCACAGAAGUUAAUCUUCAACGAAAAUCCAGAUGCUGGAUUCAUCAAGUCGAACAACUUUUCUUACGCAAUCAUUGCUGUUGGUGAACCUCCAUAUGCAGAGACAGAUGGAGAUAGCGACAAGCUAACUAUGAUGGAUCCUGGUCCAGCCAUCGUUACCUCCACUUGUCAGGCUAUCAAAUGUGUUGUUGUAGUUGUUUCAGGGAGACCACUUGUGAUGGAACCUUACGUUGCCUCGAUUGAGGCCUUGGUUGCAGCGUGGCUACCGGGAACAGAAGGCCAAGGGAUCACUGAUGCUCUCUUUGGGGACCAUGGCUUCAGUGGGAAACUUCCUAUUACAUGGUUCAGAAACACAGAGCAGUUGCGUAUGAGCUAUGGAGAUUUGCAUUAUGAUCCGCUUUUCGCUUAUGGGUCUGGUCUUGUAACUGAGUCUGUUGCGAGCAUUGUAGCUAGGUAAAAGUCCUUAAAACAUGUUGCAUCAUUCUCAUACACGAGAUUAAGAUCCUUUUAACUCCUUUUUUAUAAAGUAUUAUAAAUCAGUUUAUCAACC